AUGCUCGAUCUUUCAAAUAAAGUUGCCCUUGUCAUCGGCCUUGGUCAAAGCGGUACCGAAGGCUGGGGUAUCGGUGCAGCUUGUGCCGUGACCCUGGCGAGACAGGGGGCCAUCAUCUUCGGAGGCAACCGAACAGUCGAAUCAACCACCAAGACAAAGCAAACCAUUGAAGCGGAAGGGGGUCAGUGCGAUAUCCUGGCUACAGAUGCCACAGACUCUGCGUCUGUCAAAGCCCUUAUCGACGCUUGUAUGGCUAAACAUGGCCGGGUUGAUAUCCUGGUAACGAGUGUUGGCCAAUCCCAGCCAGGAGACCCUGCAUCUAUGCCUGAAGACAUAUGGGACUCGCAGAUGGCCAUCAACCUUAAAAGCGUCUACCUAGCAUGUCACCACGUGCUCCCCAUAAUGGCAGAGCAGAAAAGCGGCUCUGUGGUGUGCAUCUCCUCCAUCGCAGGCCUCCGCUACAUCGGCAAGCCACAAGUAGCAUACAACACGGCCAAAGCAGCAAUCCUACAAUUCGUCAAAGCCACAGCCGUCAUCUACGCAGCAAACGGCGUGCGGCUCAACGCCGUUGUCCCGGGCCUCAUGGACACGCCGUACACGAAGAGUCUGGCUGCGAGGUUCUCCAAGAACGGGUAUGAGGAGUUCUGCAGGACGAGGGAGGGACAGGUGCCGAUGGGGAAGAUGGGGGAUGCGUGGGAUGUUGCGAAUGCCGUGGCUUUUCUGGCGGCAGAGGAGGCGAGGUAUAUCACCGGGCAGAAGAUUGUUGUUGACGGAGGGAUAACAUCGUCGACAGGGCGGGCUUAG